AUGGCAAAAGCCAAAUCGCACAGCAAUCGCAGAAAUGGCGAACCUGCAAGUCACAAUCCCGAAGAAGACAUUGGACUUCUCGCAGAAGAAGCAGGAAGUGAAGAUGAGGAUAUCAUAGUUCAUUCUGGAGCAGGAGAACAAGGACAGAAUCAGGAACAUGCACCUCGAACGCCUAACCGUGUACGAUUCGAUUUACCUGCUUCACAAAAUGGGGAUUCGGAUACGCAUAAUGGGAAUGGAUCGCUAGGAUAUGACGAGGAAUUACAUGCGCAUCCCUCAUCUCGAACGGGUUCUUUUACACCACUCCUCACAGGCAUUGAAGCGCCCUCCGUAACCGUCGCAUCUAGUCCAUGGACCGACGACGAAGAUAUACAUACAUGGGCUGAACGCGAACGAUCGCGUCCGAAAUCCAAUCUGCGGAAUGCAUUUAUGAAUAUGGCGAAUAGUAUAAUUGGAGCGGGUAUCAUUGGGCAACCUUACGCAUUUCGUCAAGCGGGUCUCUUGACUGGAGUUAUUCUUUUAAUUGCUCUCACAAUAACGGUGGAUUGGACUAUUCGACUUAUUGUCAUCAAUUCGAAAUUAAGUGGGCGGGAUAGUUUUCAGGGGACGGUGGAGUUUUGUUUUGGGAAGACGGGUCUGAUUGCCAUUAGUGUUGCGCAAUGGGCUUUUGCGUUUGGGGGAAUGAUAGCUUUUUGUAUUAUUGUAGGGGAUACGAUACCGCAUGUUUUGAGUGCGGUUUUCCCGGGAUUGAGAGAUGUACCGGUGCUGGGACUAUUGGCGAGUAGAAGGGCUGUUAUUGUAGUUUUUGUGCUGGGUGUAAGUUAUCCUUUGAGUUUGUAUCGGGAUAUUGCCAAGCUGGCGAAAGCAAGCACUCUAGCGUUGAUCAGUAUGAUGAUCAUAUUAUUCACAGUAGUAACACAAGGGUUCAUGGUACCCAAAGAAGACCGAGGGGGAUUCACCACACCCCUCCUCACCAUAAACGACGGCAUAUUCCAAGCCAUUGGCGUAAUCUCCUUCGCCUUCGUCUGCCACCACAACUCCCUCCUAAUCUACGGCUCCCUCCAAACCCCCACCAUCGACCGUUUCUCCACCGUAACUCACUACAGUACCUUCAUCUCCAUGGUCGCCUGUCUCCUCAUGGCCCUCUCAGGGUUCCUAACCUUCGGCUCCAAAACCCUCGGCAACGUCCUCAAUAAUUUCCCCUCCACAAACCCCCUCGUCAACCUCGCCCGUCUCUGCUUCGGCCUCAACAUGCUCACCACCCUCCCCCUCGAAGCCUUCGUCUGCCGCGAAGUAAUGUUCAACUACUGGUUCCCCGGAGAACCCUUCAACAUGCAUCUCCAUCUUAUAUUUACCUCCUCACUAGUCGUCAGCGCCAUGAUGCUAAGUCUAGCAACGUGUGAUCUCGGUGCUGUCUUUGAAUUAAUCGGCGCAACGAAACGUGGAGAACGUGGAUGGCGGGCGCCUGUGUGGCCUUCGGGGGCGCAGUUAUGA